GCUGGGUCCGUUCACUGCCACAGGUAAGGCGCAUAUAUGGCCUUCGACAUCUUGCUCGCUGUAUUCCUUCCUUUGCUCAUUCUCUUCCUCGUCUUCAGAGUAUACCCAACAUUGGCGUGGUCCGACGUUUUCUUCCUUUUCUCAGCGGCGCGUACGGAGGCUGGCAUAUUCUCGCCUCAACAUGCAUUUCACUCGUUCAAACGGUACCGUCAGCUCUCUGUGCACGAGCUUUCUCGCGCUCGUGCGGCCUACGUGACACUUGGAAGGAAACACAAACGGAUUGGCUAUGAUAUUGGAUACCCAGCCAAGCUGAAUACCUUUGAAAAAACCAUAGAAUCGAACGCCAGAAUUACAGACGCCAUUGCCCGACUUGCAGCCGUCGAGUACGACUUGGAUGAAUGGCCAGCGCACAACGUCAGCGUGGGAUCGGGAGAUUUGUCGAGGGUACGCGAAUCGCUUCGGCAUUUCGUGCGGGAUUGGAGUACCGAAGGAGCUGCAGAACGGGAAAAGAUUUUCACGCCUAUUCUCGACGUGCUCGGUGCCCUCGCACAAGGUGAACGUGCCGGGCGUCGAGUCCUUAUCCCUGGGUCGGGACUGGGUCGGCUUGCCUGGGAAGUGUCGCAACAGGGCUUUGACACGGCUGCCGUCGAAAUAUCGUCUUUCAUGAGCUUUGCGUUCAAGUUCUUGCUUUCACCACAGGCUACGUCGUCGCUCAAUCAGCACAGAGUCUAUCCCUAUGCCCAUUGGUUUUCGCACCAAAGGUCGAACGACUCGCUAUUCCGAGCAGUCGAGUUCCCCGACGUCCUACCCAGGCUUGAUGGAAAUCUGCGUCUGCUUCAAGAUGACUUUCUUGAGCUGCCAAAGGACCAGAAAUACGAUUAUAUCAUUACCCUUUUCUUCAUCGACACGUCUUCCAAUGUUAUUGCGACUUUGGAGCAAAUUCAUACGCUGCUGCAUCCCGACGGCGUCUGGAUCAACCUAGGGCCCCUCUUAUGGUCUUCAGGUGGCGCCGCCAAGUUGGAAUUAAGUCUAGAGGAGCUACUGCACGCGGCCAGAGAGAUCGGUUUCACUUUCCCGCGAGACCACCCGGAAACCGUUGACUGCGAAUAUACCAGCGACCAGAAUGCCAUGAUGCAGUGGAUAUACAAAGCGCAGUUCUGGACCGCCAGAAAGAAAUGACAAAAUUGAAGGACGCGCAGCUUUGUAUUCCGUCACAUGAUGGCGAUUACUAGUAUUUUCUGACAUUGAGCCUUUAUUGGGGUCAGCCGC